AUGGGUGCCGCUGGCGGCGCAUCUUUCAACGCAGCGCCACAGCAGCAGCAGCAGCGCGACCCGCACAGCUGCUACGAGGGCGGGCGCGCGGUGGUGCCUCACGCGGUGCAGCAGCGGCUGGCGGGGUUCCAUGCGUCGCAGUGCGGCUUCUGCACGCCCGGCGUCGCCAUCGCCCUCUAUGCCGCCCUGCGCCGCCACCGCGCCCCCGCUGCUGCUGUUGAGCAUGCUAGUGUCAGUGCUGCUGCUGCUGCUGCGGCUGCUGCUGCGCCUGCUACUGUAGCGGGUGGUGGAGUGGAGGUGGUGGCAGGGCUGACGGAGGAGGAGGCGGAGCAGGCGAUGGCGGGCAACCUGUGUCGCUGCACGGGGUACCGCCCCAUCCUCGAUGCUUGCAAGAGCUUUGCAGGCCGCUCUAGCAGCGCAGGUGGUGCAGCAGGCGCAGCAGGGGGGCUGAUGGAUGUGGAGGAGGUGGGGUCGUGCGGUCAUGGACGUGCUGCUGCAGCGGCAGCGGCGCGGGCGUGCAGAGUGGUGGGGCUCUGCGAGUUCGCCCCUGCUGCACAAGCUGGGGCGCCAGGGCAAGGGGGUGCAGGGCUGCAGCGGGGCUCCAAGUGCAGUGGUGAGUGGAGGCUGAGCGGCACGCCAGCAGGCGACAGGGGCAUGCGGGGAAGGGAGCGCAGGGCGUGGGAGGCGCCAUGCUGGUGUGGGAGCACUGGGAGGCAGCAGGGGUGGGGGGAGACGGCGGAUUGGGGGGAGAAGGCCGUGGCAGGUGAUGGUAGUGAUGGUGAGUGGGCCAGCAGUGCAAGUGCUGGCGCAGAGGAGGCAGAGGGGCAGCAGGGGAAGGGGCGGAGAGGGAGCAGGAAGGUGACGUGGGUGGCGCCCAGGAGUCUGGAGGAGCUGAGAGCGGUGCUGCUGAGGGGCAGGCAUGGAGGGAGCGACUCUGAGAGUGAGUGGGGCGAGGUGCGGCUGGUGGCGGGCAGCACGGCGGCGGGCGUGUAUCCUGACCUGGCGCGCUGUGACUCCCUGCCGCAUGUCACCUUCCUGGACAUCAAGGGCGUGCCGCAGCUGCAGCGCGUGGCAUGGGAGGAAGGGCCUGCUGGGGAGGAGUGUGAGGGGGGUGAGGGUGGAGCAGUGGGGAAGGAGCGUGCUUUGGGGAUCAGGUUUGGUGCGGCUGUGACUCUAUCAGAUGUGAUUGCAGUGCUGGAGGCCGUUGGGGGGAAGGGUGCUGGUAACUCCGCCGCCACAGAGUACAGAGGCCCUGUCAUUAACGGCUGGGAUCACAUCAAAGGGACAGCGCCACCAGCAGCAGCAGCAGCGGCGGCGGUGUUUUCGCGAGUGGCAGCGCAUGUGAGGAGGGUGGCGGGGCCGCAUGUGCGCAACGCGGGCAGCAUGGGCGGCAACCUCGUGCUCGCUGCGUCUCGCCGUGCCUUCCCCUCCGAUUUUGCCAUUCUCCUGCUCGCCCUUGCUGCCUCUGUGCGCACCGCCACUCCCUCUCCCGCUCCCCCUGCCACUGCAUCUCUCACAGGCAGCACAGCACGCAGCGAUGGGUGGGUUUGGGAGGAAAUCCCACUUGAGGAAUUUCUUCACCGCUCGCCACUCCCUCCCACCACUCUCCUGCACUCCGUCUUCCUUCCCUGCCCCACGACCUCUCCCCCUCCUCCCACCUCGCCCUCUUCUGCCGCUCCUCAGCUCGUGUUUGACUCCUUCCGUGCCUCUGCCCGCCCCUCUGGCAAUGCUUAUGCCUAUGUCAACGCUGCUUUCCUCCUCCACAUCGCCCCCUCCUCCCUCCCACCACCCUCCUCCUCCUCCACUGUAACCUCCUCUCCCCCCCCCCCGCCCCCCACCAUCCUCGCCGCCCGUCUGGUCUUCGGAGCCUUCAACGGUCCGUACGCCAUCAGAGCCCGCCGAGCCGAGGCCUGUCUGCUGGCAGCCAAUGGCGUGCUGACACGUGGCAGCGUGCUGGCGGCAGUGAGGGCGGUGAGGGAGGAGGUGGUGCCUCCAGAGGGCACGCGGUGGGGGGAGUACCGCGUGGAGGCCGCCGUGGGGUUCCUCUUCUCCUUCCUCUCCCGCCUCCUGCCCCAGGCCGACCUGCACCGCACGCACGUGCACCACACCACCCUGCCCCAGGCAGACCUGCCGAGGAAGAGCAUGGGGAAUGGGGAUGGCGCAGUGGGUGCCUGCAACACAUUCUGCCCUGGGGAGGGUCAUGGCGCUGCUGUUGGAGCUGACAGCGCUGAUGGAGCGCAUGGCAGCAGCGGGCAGCAGCACGUGGUGAUGAGGGGCCAGCAGGUCUUUAGUGUUACCAGGGAUGUCUUCCCUGUCGCCCUGCCGCUGCCCAAGUUGGGUGCGGACCUGCAAGCCACAGGCCAUGCCAGGUACGUGGACGGCAUGCCAGCGCCAGCCGCGUGUCUCUACGCCGCCUUUGCCGUCGCCACGCACCCCUCUGCGCGCAUCACCGCGCGCUCUUACACCACUGCGCUGGCCUCCCCGGGGGUGGUGGCAGUGCCGGACGCCUCGCACCUGCCGCCCGGGGGGGGCAACAUGGCGUCGCUGGUCGUUGGCGCUGCGGACCCGCUCUUUGCUGACCAGUGCACGCACUUCCACGGCCAGCCUGUCGCCCUCGUGGUGCGUGCUGGGUGCUGCUGGGUGGCGUGGAAGGGGUGUGGAGGGUGGCACAUGGAUGGACAAAAGGGGGGAAGUGGCGGUUGCGAUGCGGCCACUGGCUGCCUGCUGUGUGUUGGUCUAUGUGGCGCUCUGCACGUUGUUCAACUCCACUCCCUUCUCUCUCAUCGUUUCCUCUCCUCUGCCACCUCAACAGCACACCACCUCAAUCAUUCCUCUCACCACUUUCUUUCCACGCCUCUCCAUCUCGAUCUCCGGUUUCCCUCCCCUCCCUCCUCACCACCCGUGAAUCGUCCGCCAGCUCUUACCUCCGCGCAAGCAACUAUGGCUUCUUCUAGUGGUAGUGGCGCUUCGUCUAGUAGUUCCUCCUCCGCGAGCGAGAAUGCCGUCGGCGAGGGUUCUUCCGCUCGUGUUUCCAAGGAAAUGGAGGGUAUUGAGAAGAAAUCUAAGUUUCCCGAGCACCCGAUCUACAAGCACUAUUAUUUUUUCUCGGACCCGAAGAAGAAGGGCGAGCAAGUCGAGUGCCUUUUUUGCCACAAGAAGUUCUCGUUUAGUAGUAGCCGCACUCCCGAGCAUCUCGCCGAGUGGCACGACCCGCAUCGGCGCCGCGAGGCGGGAGUCGUUUGCAACAAGGUGCCGAAGGAGAUUUCAUCGGAGAUUUGCGAGAUGUUCGAAGCCAAGAUUCGGGCGCGCAACCAAAAGGCGCGGGCGACAAGUGCGGCGAUCGCGGCGGUGAGCGGCAAGAGCGAGUGCGAGCACCCGCUCUUCCUCAACAUGCUGCGAGCCGUCACCGCUGCCGGCUCGGGCUAUGUCCCCCCCAAACGGCACUACGUCGGAGGCGCCGGCCUGCUUGAGUGCAAGCAGAAGAUUGAGAAGGCUUUGUCGCCGGUUACGAAGUCGUGGACGGAGACGGGCGUGACGAUCGCCAGCGACAUGAUGCAGGACAAGAGCGGCCGCGCGCAGAUGAACGUCAUCUGCAUCAACGACACUGGAGCGGUUUUCGUUGAGGCGGUCGAUUGCAAGGCGGUGACGAAGAGUGGCAAGUUCAUCGCCAGCGUACUGCGGCCGAUCAUCGAGCGCAUCGGGGCGGAACACGUCGUGGCGCUGUGCACGGACGGCGGCAGCAACUACAAGAAGGCUGGCAAGCUGCUGCAGAAGGAGUGGCCGCAUCUUGACCUCGUUCCCUGCGCGACGCACGUGAUGGACCUGCUGAUCGAGGACGUCGGCAAGAUGGAUUGGGCGCAGGUGGUCGUGACCCAGGCGGACAACAUGAUCAACUUCGUGCGCGGGCACCAGUGGACGCGCGCCUUCUUGCGCGACCCGAAGCUGCACGGCGAGAAGAAGUCGCUGCAGGUGUUGCGUCCGGCAGGCACGCGCUUUGGAACGCAGUUCAUCGCAGUGUCUCGUCUGCGCGCCGUUCGCCAGCAGCUCACGGCGAUGGUGACACACAAGGAUUGGCCGGAGAAGGGGGGGAGCAAGGUGACGGGAGCGGAUUUUGAGGGGUGGGUGAUGGACCAGGGGUGGUGGAAGAAGGUGGACAUGUUUUUGUCUGUGAUGGAGCUGUUCUACAAUGUGAUGAGGAGGACGGAUUCAGCGGCGAAGGGGAUGAUGGGCCAGCUGUACGACAUCAUGCUGCAGCUGACUGAGGAGUUGGAUAAGCUGCUGAAAGGGAAGGAGUGCAAGCUGACCAAGGCGGAUAAGGAUAAGGUGCGGGAGUAUUUGAGGAAGCGGUGGGACGAGAGCCUGGCGUGCCCCCUCCACGUGGCAGGCCGGAUCUUGUACCCGGCAAACCAGGAGGAGGGGAUUUUCCUGCAGGAUGGGGAGUGCACCAAGGUGAUGCAGGAGUGGUUGGAGCGACAGAAGGCGUUCGUCGAGAAGUACUGGAAGAAGUCCGGCGGCAAGAAGGGGCAGGUGAAGCCGCUGCAUGAGGGGGUGACGGCCUUCAUCAACGGCCAUGGGGGGUUCGGCACGCAGACAGCGAUCGAGGGGCGUGGGGAUAUUCAGCUGGGGAAGGGGAACGUGAUGCUGUGGUGGCAGUACAAUGGAUGGGAGUACGCCCACCUGGCUCGCAUUGCGAGGCGCACGCUGUCCCAGCCCGUUUCCGCUUCACCGUGCGAGCGGGGCUGGUCUACAUGGGAUGGCGUGCACACGGCGCGCAGGAACCGACUCGGGUCGGAGAAAGUGCGCGACCUUGUGUAUGUUGCGCACAACUGGAACGUUGUGCACACAUUCCACAAGGAUGCGGAAGCGGGGCCUAGUGUGGUGGGAAGGAAGGGUGCAGUGGUGGAGGGGAACAUCCCCCCCCCUCCCCUCCCUGAGGGGUACAAGUUGGAGGAGGAUGGGGAGAUGGAGGCGGACGAGGACGACGUGUGCCUCGAUGAGUGGCAGACGCAGGAGGAGCUGGAGAAGGAAGGGGAGGGGGAGGAGGAGGAGGAGGAGGAGGACGAGGAGGAGGAGGAGGACGACGACAGCUAG